CAACAACAGGCGGCGUCAGACGGUGACGUCAUUCAGGGGUCAGGUGACCAAACAGGAAGCGAGGAGCGAGGCCGGGUCCUCUUCAGACUAGACGCGGCUCCACAGCUGAUUAAAAUGUGAAAGAUUCAGCGCGAAGGAAGUAUGGAGGAUGAUGAACUUCCGUCAGAGGAUGGGUUGGGUGUGCGUGGCGCUCUACCUUCUGCUCAGUAUCAUGGCGGUGUACUACAUCUUUGAGGUGCACACACUCAGUUUGGAGCGUGUGCAGAGAGGCGGGAUCAGCCUGUCGGCCCCGCCCCCUGCUGUCUCCUGGUCUCACCUGCUGUCGCUUCCCGUCUGGAUGUGGGCGUCGGUCUUCCUGCUCCCGUACCUGCAGCUCUUCCUCUUCCUCUUCUCGUGCACGAGAGCCGACCCCCGUGCUGUCGGUUACUGUGUGCUUCCUGUCUGCAUCGCCCUGCUGUGUAGUCGUCGCCAUGCUGCUCAGACACCGACCAAUCACAGGCCAGGGUCCGUGAUUGACACAUAGAAAGGACGGAUCUGAGAGGCUGCAGUGGCUGUGAACUUUUAGUGUUGAUGUAUGUGAUGUCACUUCCUGUGUGCCUUUUGAACAGUUACACUCCCAUCAGACAUUCACCCUCCAUGCCGUCUCAGGAACAAGAGCUGCCCUCAGCAUCGACUGUCAGGAUCAACAGCUGUUUGUACCCAGUUCUCAUGUUGUUCUGUUCUGACAUCACAGAUGUUCCUGGACUGUGAUUGGCUGGAGUGUGUUGAAUAAGGUGAUGGCAGCACCUCCAGCACACACAUCUACUUUAACCUGUUACCGAAAGCAUUAUUCCUGUUGCCAUGGCUACCACAGGUAUACAUUUAGAACAGAGGUGACAGCUGCUAUCCAAUCAGUGUUUCUGUUGUAAAAUGAGUCACAUGACACAUGCUGGUUACCAUGACAGCUUUUAAACCAAUUAAAAAUCUUCAUGAAGUCUAAA